AUCAUCGAGAAGUACUACACGCGCCUGGGGAAUGACUUCCACACCAACAAGCGCGUGUGCGAGGAGAUCGCCAUCAUCCCCAGCAAGAAGCUGCGCAACAAGAUUGCGGGGUAUGUCACCCACCUGAUGAAGCGAAUCCAGAGGGGCCCUGUCCGCGGCAUCUCUAUCAAACUGCAGGAGGAGGAGAGGGAGAGGAGGGACAACUACGUCCCAGAGGUCUCUGCCCUGGACCAGGAGAUCAUCGAAGUGGACCCGGACACCAAGGAAAUGCUGAAGCUCCUGGAUUUUGGCAGCUUGUCCAACCUGCAGGUGACACAGCCCACAGUGGGCAUGAACUUCAAGACGCCCCGAGGAGCGCUCUGAGUCUGUCCCUGUGUGUCGCUUUUCCAAUAAACGUGAGGAAACCAUC